AUGUCCCACUUCAGACUCUCAAUUGACAUGAACAUGGGCAACGGUCCCGCACGCCAGUGUCGAGCCAUCAGCAGAGAGGGACUCCGAUGCUCCAACUCCCGCCCGAGCGGUGCCGACCUAUGCUCCACCCAUGAGAGGCAGCGGAUCGACUUUAACAGAAGCCGCGACCAGUACCACCGUCCUCCUCCCACCAGUUCCUCGCCGAGCUACCACCACCGCACCGCCAGCGCCACGUCGGCCUACUCGUCCUACAAGCAAUCCAGGAUCGAGGCCAUGGACCGUGAGAUGGACGCGCUACGCAGCCAGCGCGCCUCCAGCCGAUCCCGCCAGAUGCAAGAGCUCGAUGCGGAGAUCGCCGCUUUGAGCGCCAACAAUAACCGCCGUCGGGACAACGAACUCCACGCCUCCCGCCUGAGGACCAACGACCUUGCGGAAGAGCUCUCUACUGCCAAUGCCCAGCUUGCCGCUGAGCGCAUCAGGAACGGCGAAGCAGCUGGACUGAGGAGCGACCUUGCCAACAGGGAUGCUGAGAUUGCCGCCUUGCGUGCCCGCGAGAUCGAGACCAAGCGUCGCAUGCUGGCGACCGAUGAGGAUGUCAAGUACUGGAAGGGCCAGGCUAGUGACUACGAAGCACAGGGAAGGGAUGUUUUGGGCCAGUUGGAAGAUGCUCAGAUCCUGAUCGAAGAUAAAGAAUAUGAGACAAAGCGUAGGGCAGACGAUGCCACGUAUUGGCGGGAACAGGCUCUGGACUAUAAGGCGCAGGGAAGGGGCCUUUUGGAUCAUCUGGAGGAUGCACAGGUCUUCAUAGAAGACGGGGAGCGUAAGGCAAGGGAGGAUCAGGGCCUGUAUUUCAGGGAUGUGUGA